CUCACGCCUGCUGUAUUGUUCCCUCCCGCCUCCCAGCACGGCCUGGCUUGCAGGUCUCGCGCAUACUAGUCGACGAGACGGAGAUUCCAAACUCGUAAUGCGCUGCAGCGACGUACUCUAGGUCGUGGUCCUCUGUGUACUCGGCGCAACGGGGCAGCGGGGCCAGAACUCCCGAGAUCAUCUUAUUGUUCUCGUCACCUUGUACAAUAACCCGGGCGAGAUCAUCUUCCUCUGCAACACUCACGACCCAUCCAACGAUUCACGACUGUUGUGCUGAAACGAAACCACAUCAUGCUUGCUCCCUUCCUGCUCGCGGUACCCGGCGUGCUGCUCACGUACCUGCUUUACCUCAUCUUCAUUCAGCCGCGGUAUAACCCUCUCAGGAACUUGCCUGGUCCACCGAGCAAGGGGCUCUUCAGAGACCAGUUGGGGAUGGUUAUGAAUCCCUCAGUCUCUCCGAGAACACACGAGCACUUUGUCAAGACCUAUGGCCGCAACGUCAUGAUCCGUGGUGUUCUACCAUGGGACCAACGCCUCUUCACUCUCGACCCCGUCACGCUCGCACACGUCAUGAAGCACUCUCACAUCUACGAGAAACCGUGGCAGUCGCGGCGACUCAUCACGGGCCUCAUCGGGUGCGGUAUGCUGGCCGCGGAGGGCGCGGUGCAUAAACGGCAGAGGCGCGUCGCUACGCCUGCGUUCUCGGUGCAGAACAUGCGCGACCUCGUUCCGUUGAUGUUCGCGAAGGGGGACGAGCUGAAGGAGAAGUGGAUGGAGAUGAUCAGAGAUGCAAGUAGCCAGCACGGAGGAGAGGAAAAGAAGGGGACUGGGAUUGUGGAGGGCUUGAAGUUAGAUGUGUGCCAUUGGGUUAGUCGUGCGACCUUCGAUGUCAUCGGAUCUGCUGGCUUCGACUACCAGUUCAACGCGAUACAGAAUGAAACAAAUGAACUUUUUAGCGCAUACAAGGAGAUGUUCGAGGUUGCGAUAUCACAGCAGUCGGGCGCGCUGAGGAGCUUGGCUGUUAUCUACUUCCCGGUACUGGACACCCUCAUUCCGAACAAGGCGACCCACACAGUGCGCCGCUGUCAGGAGGUCAUCCGCCGCGUAGCAGGGAAUCUCAUCCAAGAGAAGAAGCGCAAGAUCGCCGAAGCCGAGGCGCAAGGAAAGACACACCAGGGGAAAGACCUUCUUACUCUUCUUCUGAAAUCGAACGCUGCGGCGGAUCUCCCGCCCGAACAGCGCAUCUCCGACGCAGAUAUCCUGCACAACAUCAACACAUUCAUGUUCGCAGGCUCAGACACAAGCUCGCUCGCCAUCACCUGGAUGCUCUACCUCCUCGCGCGCUACCCCGACGUCCAAGCGCGCCUCCGCACCGAGCUCCUCGCCCUCCUUCCUCCCACGUCGCUCUCCGCGCUGACCCCUGACGAGGUCUCAAGGCUCUAUGCGGGGAUCGCGGAGCUGAAGUUCCUGGAGAACGUCAUACGCGAGGCUAUGCGCCUGAUCCCGCCCGUGCACUCGUCGGCGCGGGUCGCGACGCGUGACGAUGUCCUCCCUGCGGCGACGCCUGUGCCAACGCGCAUGCCGGAUGGGAGCAUACAGGAGGUGAGGGAGGUAAGGGUGCCGAAGGGCGCAUUCAUACAUGUCCCUGUGGAGGGCUUCAACCUGGACAGGGAAGUAUGGGGCCCGGAUGGGUGGGCGUUCAAACCUGACCGGUGGGAUAACCUGCCCGAGGCUGUCGCCUCCCAGCCCGGGUUGUACAACAACACGCUUACGUUCUCUGCUGGGCCUCGAUCAUGCAUUGGGAUGCGCUUUUCAAUCAUCGAGAUCAAGACGUUCCUAUUCAUACUCAUCACGCACUUCACGUUCGCAGAGUCGGACGAGAAGGUUGGCAAGGCUAAUGUGUGAGUCUUGAGCUUCUGGUUGGAAUUGCCGCUAACUUGCCACCUCCGCAAGCGUGCUCACGAGGCCAUAUGUCG